GACAACACUUUUAAAAAAGAAGAGGAAAUGGAUCGCUUCUCGUCGGACCGAAACAUCCUCUGUCUGUUUGACGUGGAUGGGACUCUAACACAGCCGAGAGAGAAAAUUGACCCACAACUGGAUGAGUUCUUCCAGACCCUGCGGAGGAAAGUGAAGAUCGGCAUCGUGGGAGGGUCAGACUACUCCAAGAUAGCAGAGCAGCUUGGGGAGGGAGAUGAUGUGAUAGACAAGUUUGAUUACGUGUUUGCUGAGAAUGGGACUGUGCAGUACAAAGAUGGGAAGCUCCUCUCAAAACAUGCCAUUCAGAACCAGAUUGGGGAGGAGCUUCUGCAGGACCUGAUCAACUUCUGCCUCAGCUACAUGGGGCUCAUCAAGCUGCCAAAGAAAAGGGGAACAUUCAUAGAGUUCAGGAAUGGUAUGAUCAACAUUUCUCCCAUCGGUCGGAGCUGCACACUGGAGGAGAGAAUCGAAUUCUCUGAAAUCGACAAGAGAGAGAAGAUCAGGGAGAAGUUUGUUGCUGCCCUGAAAGAGGAGUUUGCUGGGAAAGGACUGCGGUUCACUAGAGGUGGUCUCAUCAGCUUUGACAUCUUCCCGGAGGGCUGGGACAAGAGACUGUGUCUAGAGCUGCUGGACAGAGAAGGACUGGACGCCAUCUACUUCUUUGGCAACGAGACCUCAGAUGGAGGAAACGACUAUGAAAUUUUCAACGACCCGCGGACAAUCGGCUUCACAGUGUACUCUCCUGAGGACACGGCAAGGCUAUGUCGGGAGCUUUUCUUUGAUGCUCCACCACACGAAUCCUGAUGUCCUACACUGCCCGCACCCCUACCCCGCCCUUAAUCCCUUUCUUUACCCACAAAACCCCUCUGAACUCUGGCCUGUUGGUCCCUGAUGGUAAGAUAACCAGCACAUGGAGCCCAGGCUGUUUAUGAACUGCUGAAAGAUACCACUACUGAUUUUUUCCAUGUAAUGUAUUAAUAUGAUUAUUGAGUGUUUUAAUUACAUUUUUACCACAUAUCCCUCAGCUUUUAAACAAAGGGACAUUAACUAAGGAAAUGUUACACGUUGAUGUACGUUCAAGUGUUUUACUGCAGCUGAGGUUUUAGUACUGUACCAGAAGAUAUAUUUGACUGCAGUGUCACACCACUGCAGUGUGUAGCAUGUAACAUGAAAGUAACCAAAAAGCUCAGUGAUUAUAAAGCAUUUUGCAAUAUUUAAAGUUAAUGCUCCACAUAAUGUAUAGAAUACGUACCUGCUUCUGUUUUGCACUAAUGUUGGCAUCAUUUCAUACCAAUAGUUGGUAUAGUCUUGUUGUUGUUGGGCACUGCUGAAGGACGUGAUAAGAGUGAAAGAGAGAGAGAGAGAAAGUGAGAUAUUAGAACAGGUGAGGAAGCUUUGUGCUUAUUGUUUUUGUGAGAUUUCUGAAAAUGAGAUAUAAAUGAAGCAUUAAAGAAGAAAAGGAAGAAGAUGCAUCUUCAUAUGAAUCAUUCCAGGUAUUUAAUGUCACUACAGCGCUUUGAAGUGGAUGUGAUUUAUUGAUGGUUUACUGUGUGAUCCUCUGAAUGUCAAAUGUCUGUUUUAAACUCACAAAGGUUCUGUAAAUAAAAGGAAGACUAUUGUUCGCUUUGCUUGUUUUGCAGCUCUGGAAAAAAACAUGAACAUUACAUUGAAUAGUCAGGAUUUAUUCAAUUUAUAUUAAAAACAGAACUGACUCAAUUAAUUCAUCUUGACCAGUGAAUUAAGCUACUGUGACCAAGUCACUUGACAAACUUUAACCAGUCGAUAUGCAACUUUGUAUGUAAAAUAUUUUUAUAAGUCAAAUGCAUUCUGAAUACUGGAUGAACAUAUGAUGUUGAUGCUUUUUGCUUUAUUCCUUUCUGCUCAUUCAUGCUGUUGUCAAAAGCUGCUUAAAGGGUUUAUUUUAACAACUUAUGUUAAAACUGCUACUUUUCAUUUUCCCAUAACAAGUUAAUGUUUUAUAUUAUUGUCAUGAUUCAGAAAAAGAAUGACUCCUUGAGAUAUUAUUAUAAAAAUGAAGCUUUUGAUAAGUCAGAAACAUCAGCUGUACUCCUGUGUUUGAUUGUGAACACUAAAUCUCAAAGGCUACGAUGAUCAUGUAGAUAAGACUAUGAUGCACAGAGAAUUAGCCUGUACAGUACAAUGUAUCCCUGA